CGACGGUGGGAGAAGAGGCGCCAACUCGGGAAGACAUAGGAUAAGGGGAAACAAUCGAUUUCCUUCCUCAUUGCUGCUGCUACAACCACUAUCACUCCUCUCACUCUCUAAACCCGCUUAAUGGCCGUCGCAGCCGCUGCUUUCUGGUUCACGGCGCUCUCCUCCACCGCCACUUGCCGCUGCUCUCUAUCCUCUCAACCACUCUUCGCCACUUCCCGACCACCCUCCCGUUUCUUUGUUCCUAAAUCCGCAACUCAAAGUCAAAAUCAGGAACAUAACCAAAGGAAAAAACCUCCAGCUCGUGUAUCUCACACAGAGAGAGAAGCUGUUACGCAGAAGUGUACGAGGAGAUCAAAAGGUGAAAGGUUUUUUUCAAAUGUAGAUGACAGAAAUACAAAUAAGAAUGGGAGGUCUCAAUCAACAUCAUUUAAAUCAUUUGGCGUGCAAAGAAAAGGGAAGGGAGUUCAGUUUGACUCAAAGGAGUUGCAGGUGGAAACUGGUAAUCUUCAAGAUGCAAAUUUUCUGAAUGCUGUUGUGAAGGUCUACUGUACACACACUGCUCCCGAUUACUCUCUUCCUUGGCAGAAACAAAGACAAUAUACAAGUACAGGAAGUGCUUUCAUGAUUGGGGAUGGAAAACUUUUAACAAAUGCUCAUUGUGUUGAGCAUGAUACACAGGUCAAAGUGAAGAGAAGAGGAGAUGAUACCAAAUAUGUUGCUAAGGUUUUAGCUAGAGGAGUUGAGUGUGACAUUGCAUUGCUUUCUGUAGAAAGCGAGGAAUUCUGGAAGGGAGCUGAGCCACUUCAGUUUGGACACUUGCCCCGGUUGCAGGAUGCAGUAACUGUUGUAGGAUAUCCGCUUGGAGGAGAUACAAUUUCUGUGACUAAGGGGGUGGUUUCCAGAAUUGAGGUUACCUCAUAUGCUCAUGGAUCAUCUGAGUUGUUGGGUAUUCAAAUUGAUGCAGCAGUAAAUCCUGGUAACAGUGGUGGUCCUGCAUUCAAUGAUGAUGGAGAGUGCAUAGGUGUUGCAUUUCAGGUUUACAGAUCAGAUGAGGUUGAGAAUAUUGGAUAUGUUAUCCCAACCACUGUUGUGUCCCAUUUUCUACAAGACUAUGAGAGGAAUGGGAAGUACACAGGUUUCCCUAGUCUUGGAGUUUUGUUGCAAAAGCUAGAGAAUCCAGCAUUACGUGCCUGCUUAAAAGUUCCAUCUAAUGAAGGUGUACUCAUCAGGAAAGUUGAACCCACUUCUGAUGCCCAUAAUACCUUAAAGGAGGGGGAUGUGAUCGUAAGCUUUGAUGAUGUUCGUGUUGGGUGUGAAGGAACUGUGCCCUUCCGGUCAACUGAGCGAAUAGCAUUUCGCUACUUGAUCAGUCGAAAGUUUUCAGGUGAUACUGCAGAACUUGGUAUUAUUCGAGCGGGGGAAUUUAUGAAAGUUCAAAUAGUUUUGAGUCCUCGUGUAGAUUUGGUUCCAUAUCAUAUUGAAGGAGGCCAGCCUUCAUACUUGAUUGUUGCUGGAUUGGUGUUUACUCCACUGUCUGAACCAUUAAUACAGGAAGAAUGUGAAGACAGCAUAGGGCUAAAACUAUUGACAAAGGCACGGUAUUCUUUUGCAAAUUUCAAAGGUGAACAGAUUGUGGUCCUAUCACAGGUUUUAGCAAAUGAAGUAAACAUUGGAUAUGAAGACAUAAGUAAUGAGCAGAUCUUGAAGUUGAAUGGCAAACGAAUUAGAAACAUCCACCAUUUGGCUCAUCUACUUGAUUCUUGCAAGGAUAAAUAUCUAGUUUUUGAAUUUGCGGACAACUUUUUGGUCGUCUUGGAAAGGGAGGCAGCUUUAACUACAUCCACUAGCAUCCUUAAAGACUAUGGCAUUCCAUCUGAAAGAUCUUCCGAUCUUAUGGGACCAUAUGUGGACUCAAUAGGACAAAAUGAUGCAGUGGAUCAGCAAGAAUUCGGGGAUAGUGCAGAAUCUAACUCUGAAUUCGGUUUUGAUGGGCUUCUUUGGGCUUGAAAAUGUCCACCGCACCCUUCAACAAAGUGAGCCCCCUAAAACAGUUCCUUCUCAUGGAUGCAGAUUCACAUUGCUCUUGGACAUUUACCUGGAAAUGUCUGAGCGCUCCAGAGAAUAAUUUAUGGAGAGAAUGUAGAGUCGUGGGCUUGUUUAGGAAUAAUUUGGAGGUAGAGAAGCUAAAAAAUCUGCAAUUUUUUUCUGAUACAAAACAUGGGGUCAUUGAAUGCAUCCUCUCCGGGUGAAAUUAAGUCCAUUUAUUGUACUUCGAUCUGCAUGGAGCAUGAGUCUAGGCUUGUUCCAGAGAAGGAUAUCAUGCAGUGAUUGCAAUUGCAUGCAGAAGAGCUGGGAAUUGUCAAUUAUCCAAUCUUUACUGGUAUGGAUUAUAUGGCUAUAUGCUACUCCAAAUAUGACUUGAGGUGUAGAGAAACUGUAAACCUAUGUUGUCAUUUGUCAUUUUUUCUACAUGCGGGCGAAUAAAAUGUCUUCCAUUUACUGCUUGCUA